ACAAAUGCAUUUUGAGUGUAUAAUAUUAUUAAAAUAACACUGUGUUGGUGUUACAGCGACAUCACGCCGCCCAUAUGCAGCCGAAGUGUCCGCCCUGAAUGUGAGACACUUCGUUUAGUUUCGGUUUGUCUUCGGGGUUCCCACCGGUGGUCGGUGUCUUCCUCAUCCGCUGCAGCGACGGUCCUUCUCCCGUGGUCUUCUGUCCAGCUGUCCGAUCAUCCGGCAUUAUUUCCGGCUGCAGAUUGAACUUUGGUCUGGUCCAUGUUGUUGUGUUGUCAUUGCGGAAGCCUGACGCGCGCAGCACCGCCUCUCUGGAGCUGCUGGAAACGACACUGAAGACGCGGAGCGAUCGACCUCACUAUGUUCAACACUUUGACGCCGGUUUAAGAGCGAGGGAUGGACGUUGAGAGAAGGGAUGGAGGUGGAGGAGGAGGAGGAGGAGGAGGAGGAGGAGGAGGAGGAGGAGGAGAGCCAAAGGUGGAGGAUGAGUUUGCGUGUUCCGGGAUGCUGCGGGGGUCUCUGUCCUUCCUGCACGGCACCGUGGAGCGGAUAUUUGGGGUGAUGUUUGGAAUCGGAGCGGAUGAUUUGUCUCAAGCCAACAACGGGCAGAUAUGGCUGAAACUAGGAGGGCAGAGCGACGAUGUGAAAGCUGCCAAAUUAUUUGUGAAAGGACUCGUGAACCAGGAGGAGCAGCAGGAGGUUCGUUAUCCCGGAGUUCUUCACUGCAUCUUCUGUGGAGCCAGAGGACUGUUCAUGGACUGCCUGAUAAAAAGCACCUCAGCACAUAUAGUGGUUGGCUCUACAGGAUUCCUGCUUAUCUCAGGUCUUGCAGAGCCAGUGGUGCGAGCCUACUCCCUUAUCACAGACAUAGUAGAGAGAUAUGAGGGCGCACUUGUCAGACACUCUGAGACUGGAGACCGAGGCCUGGGCGAGUCUCUGGAUUCACGCCGGGCUUUCAAAACUCUGGUGGAGAAAUGGGAGGACAAGCACACCCUGGAUCUUCUGGUGCUACCGUGGUUGGUGAAGGAAAUCCUGCUGGAUUUGGUGAAAGAAUCGGGUCAUGGCUCAAGCCCCAGUCCGGCUCUGACGGAUGUAAUUGCUGGGGCAAGAUCACAUGAGGAUUCGGAGAGUAGAUGGGACAAACCAUCCGCCCUUACGUACACACUCCCUGAGCCUUCCAGGACUACUGAUUGGGGGGUUGAAGAGAUGACUGUAGGUUCAGGGAAACACUCUGCAAACUCCUUAUUCCAGUUUUUGUCCACUUCUGCAGGUGCUCGUGGUAGGGCAGAGGGUGCUGAGGAAAGACUCAUGCAUUCUCCACAAGAGGUUGGCGAAGAGGAGCAGCUGGAACAAGCGAUGGCGUUAGGUACCAACGUGAAAGAGGUACGAGGGGAGGAUGAAGGUUUGGAACUGCAGUUUUCAGUGGGAAACAAGGAGUUCUGGCUUCUUUUAAAGUUCUUCACAGCCAUGGGGUACACAGAGGAUGUUGUGAAGCGAGUCCUUGCCCAAACAGGACCUAGAGAGGCGUCACAGUUACUGGAUGUGGUUCAACAGGAGCAGUAUCGCAGUGAUCAGGAGCAGGCAAAAGACAGUGUUGCCUCGAAACAAAGCGAGAAGAACCGACCUUGCGAGACGGAGCACAGAGAACACGAAGAAAUGGAAGUAGAAGGAGGUGAGGUGAAAGGUAUUAAUGGAGAGGUGGGAGACGUUUGUAAGGGAGAGGAAAAUGGAGCGACAGGAAGACACUUCAAGGGAGAAGGUAGUGGCGAGGAAGGAUACGAGGAAGACUUUGUUCUGGGAGUGGUGAAGAAAGCAGCAGCCAGCUGCGGGUACAAGGAGCAGAAAGUGGCCAAAGUCUACAACAUGUUGUCUGAUCGAUCAACUCACCAGCUGCUCCUGGAGCUGCAGAGAGAGCAGAGCCAAGAGAUGGACGCCUCUAGUGAGGGGCCGAGAGAGAUGGAUGACGUGGUGCUGGAGAAAGAGGGACCAAAAGUUGGACCAUCUGAGCACAAUGCAAGAGAAAUCGAGCUUUUCUUACCUGCAGUUAAGAAAAGAUCAGAUAAUAAAGGACCAGUGCCAAAUCUAGCUGUAUCUGAGAUAACUAAAUUCAAUAAACUCACAAACUCACAAACUCCACAACAAGUCAUCCUUCCUGAAGUCAAAGGGCCACCCAUGCCUACUUAUCCUCCACCCCUAGAUCCUCCACUCACCAAUUUCCACUCCAACCAACAAUAUGGCCACUGGCCUAAUCCAUCCAUCUCAAAACAAAAUCCUCCAAAAGACAACGUCUUAAACCCAAAGCCCCAUUCUUCUAACGCUUCAAAACAAGUGCUCCAAGCCCCUCAAGCCCCCAUCUUCACAAAGAAUGACUCGUCUCCCACCCGAGCGAAGGGAAGACGGGGCUUCAUGGCCGCUUCUUCGGUGGUGGUGACAGGGGAACAGCGUUUCCUGGAAGGCCUGCAGAUGCCCUUCGACCUUCAGCUAACAGACAAACCUGGAGACUCGAAAGUGAGGACGAUCGUCAUUGAUGGGAGCAACGUGGCCAUGAGUCACGGGUUGGGUCACUUCUUCUCCUGUCGAGGAAUCGCACUGGCCAUCCAGCACUUUUGGGACCGAGGCCAUCGUCACAUCAGCGCCCUCCUGCCACAAUGGAGACAGAAGAGUGACCCAAAGAUCAAAGAGCAACACUAUAUGACUGAGCUGCAGAAGCUGGGCCUGCUCUCCUACACCCCCUCCAGAGAGGUGCAGGGCAUGAGGAUCAGCUCGUACGACGACAGAUUGAUGCUGCAGCUCGCGCAGAAGACAGACGGAGUGAUCGUCACGAACGACAACCUGAGAGACCUCUCAGACGAGUCCUUUGUAUGGCGGGACAUCAUCAAAAAGAGACUCCUUCAGUACACGUUUGUCGGGGAUCACUUCAUGGUGCCGGACGACCCUCUGGGCAGAGGAGGGCCUCACCUGGAUGACUUCCUUCGCUCAGAGCACAGGACUCCCGACCCAGGAAAUCACUCUUUUGCCGGUGCUGCGACCACUUUCCCUUCCUUCAAACCUCCGCGCUCCCAAACGGAGGUCCUGAACCUCCGUGACCGAACACCAGGUGGAGCUCUGAAUGCAGCAGCAGGUAGAGGGAGCUGGAGUAAAGAGAGAGGACAUGGAAAGGGAUGGGACACGGGACACAAGCAGAGGCAGCAUGGAGCUUCAGGACACGCAGAGAGGAGCGCAGAGGAAACGGCCAGCCUGAAAGAGCUGCUCUGUCAGGUUUUUCCGGGACAGGACAACAUGGUGGCGCUGGUGCUGCAGUGCCACUCGGCUGAGACGGACAUGAAUGUGCUGUCUGAUAUGAUCUUGGAGCUGUAGAAGGACGAGACAUCUUUUAGUCUUAAUAUUUUCCCCGAGGUUAAGCGAUGUAAUUAAGAUUUAUAACAAAGCAACUACACCAAAUCCCACUGGCUGGUCAUUGGUCUGCUUCUCAAAGAUUUUCAACAUUUUCAGAUGAGUUGUGAAACUUUCUGCUGACAGUCCAACACAAUAUAAAUGAACUAAGAUGUCCCGCGUUUGAACACAUGUUCUGUGUCUCAUUUAUUCCCUCCCAAAUGUACAGAAGCCCUGAGAGGCAAGUGAGGAAAAACAAACAAAUCUGAUCUAAAAUAAAUUCUCUCCUGUGUGUAUAACUUACGAACAGGUGGACAAAAAGGUUUUUCCUAAACACAGUGUGUAUAUUCUGCUUUGCUUCGUUUAAGGCAGAGCUUGAACUGGACCAGCUUUGCUAAACUUUCCAGCCCCUGCAGUUCUUCACCACUUGUGUCUGCUCUGUCCAAAGCAACCUCCUCUUCAUCCUCCAGUGAUCUCGACUCAUCCUCGCCCGAUCUACCUCACCUCUAUCCUCUCUCCCUUCUCCCUUAGCAUCCUAUGUUGGCGACCAAUUGGUGCGAGAGAAACUAUUACUACUACUACUACUACUACGGACAGCACUGGCCAGACACAUUUAAAUCAGUUGUUCACUGGAGAACAAAUGAAUCCCUUCGAUCUUCAUAGAGUAUAUAACACACAGGGUUUAGCCAUGCUAGCGGGUCUACGGAAGCCCCAGAGGAUUAAACUUAAUGACUUCUCCUUAGCGCCACGAUCAACACUUUGAUCUGUGACCAGAGAUAGAGAAAUAGAGAGAGGAAGUGCCAAACACUUCCCGGGUGUAUUCUAAUCAUUGGCAAUUUAAUUCCACAUUUUUACAGUCAUACUUCAUCUUUCUUGAAUUGCUGAAUUAUCUUUUUUAUUUACAAACAUCACACGUGUAAUUCACGACCACUGCGGCGUAGUCAUCCUCACGUUCCUCGGAGUGUUUUUCAUCUUGCGGCCAUGUCAAAGGGGUCGUCUGUUCUCUCCCUUGAGUUUUAGUUUGAGGGUUAGUAUCUUUUAGAAAAGUCGUUCUUAAAACAACAGCAGUACAAAACAAAUCAGCUGUUAUUCUCCUUUUAUUAUAACCUGCUAAACUUCAUAGUGUAUAGCUACCUGUAUGUAAACAAAUAACAUUGCAGACAAUAAGGUGUCUGGCACAUAAUACUCAGUAUAGUUAUGGUAUCACCAGCUGUGGUCUUGGAUGUCAUUUUGCAAUGCGAGAAUAAUACUGAAUCAAUCCUUAUAAUAUUCUGUACACUCAAUUUUACAUAUUUUUUUAUUUAUCUUAACCAGGUUUGAUGCUGUAAUGAUCGCAGCUUUGAGCCUAAGUCCACACAGAGUGUGUCUGGAUGAGGAAACUGCUUCAGAAGGGGAAACCAUCCGUUCAGAUCCGGUUUAACACAGUUCUCCAUUUGUGAGACAGAAUCAUCUUAUUUGUAUUGUUUAAAUAUGUAUAUUUUAAGACAUUGAUGCUGAAUGCUGUCCAUGUUUCUGUAAUAAAGUUUUUCUUAAUUCUCUUA